AUGGCCGAUUCGAAGCCGAAAUGGGGCGUCACGCGAUCCUUGUCCGACGACCCACCAAGCGCACUUGACCUCAAGGCCAAUGACCAGCUCAUUGAGUACCUGAAGAGCAUCAACAACUUCGAGUCCCCCGAGGGCAAUGACCGACGCGAUCGCGUGCUCAGGCACCUCCAGAAGGUCACCGAGGAAUUCGUAAAGCGCGUCGGCCGUAGGAAGAACUUGCCCAAGUCGACCAUUGAUACCCUGGGCGGGAAGGUCUUCACGUACGGCAGCUACACCAUAGGUGUCCACGGCCCCGACUCCGAUAUCGACACCCUCGUGGUCGCGCCCAAGAGUGUCGACGUGGUGGACUACUUUGAGACCUUCCCGCCGACGUUCAAAGAGAUGUCUGAUCCCAAGCUGAUCGAGAGCUUUGUCGAAGUGCCGGAUGCCUUUGUACCCAUCAUCAAGCUGGAGUACGAUGGUGUAGACAUCGAUUUGAUCUUUGCAUCGCUGCCUUCGCAAUCGUCGAUACCUAGGGACUUCACGCUGCAUGACCAGAGCGUUUUGCGCGGCCUGGAUGAGCAGACUAUACGAAGUGUGAACGGUGUUCGCACGGCCAAGGAGCUACUUGAGCUUGUGCCCCAGCCGCAAUCAUUCAGACACGCUCUUCGUGCGAUCAAGUUAUGGGCAAACAGACGCGCCGUCUACGGUUUUGUGUUCGGCUUCCCCGGAGGCAUAGCCUGGGCUCUCAUGGUUGCUCGCGUCUGUCAGCUGUAUCCCCUCGCCUGCGGCUCCACUAUCGUCGCCAAGACCUUCUAUCUAAUGGGGCAAUGGACCUGGCCACGCCCUAUUUUCCUGAAGGAAUUGGAAACGUCAAACAUGCUUAAUCUUGCGAUCUGGAACCCUACGAACAAUAGCGGAGACAGGAAGCACAUAAUGCCUGUCAUCACUCCCGCUUAUCCAUCGAUGUGCGCCACUCACUCUGUAACACCGUCCACUCUUGCAAUCAUGAAGAAAGAGUUCGAACGUGGAGACUCCAUUUGCCAUCAGAUUGUAGGCGGAAAAAAGUCCUGGGCAGAUUUAUUUUCACGGCAUACCUUCUUCACCCAGGAUCACAAGUAUUAUCUCAGCGUCAUCGUCUCUUCCAACGGUGACAAAGACAAAUUCGAUGCAUUUUCUGGAAAAGCUCAGUCCAAGGUCCGCUUGCUGGCCAUAAACAUCGAGAAUAACGUCGCUGGUAUCGCUCAGCUGCGCGUCUACAUGAAGGGAUUCGAUCGAGUGCAUCGCUGUGCUAAUGACGCGGAGAUUGAUGAAGUCAGGAAAGGCAGCUCAAAGUACCAAGUGACUCCGGCCGAAGCAUCGCAAAGUGCCGACCAAAAGACGACCGUCUACACCUCCACGUGGUAUAUUGGUCUGACAAUGAAAGAAGGCGAGGCCAAGCUGAAGCUUGAUAUCUCGUACCCUGUCGAUGACUACAAGCGCCUGGUCGAGAUCGAUACAGAUGUCUAUGACAGUAAUACCAUGGCAACGAAGAUUGUGCACACGCGCUGCUACGACUUGCCCGACGAUGUGUUCGAAAAGGGCGAGACCAAGCCCACGAAGCCAGUCAAGAACAAGAAAGACGACAAGAAGAAGAAGACUAACGGCACUAAGAGCGCGAAGCGUCAAUUCGCCGAAACUGGCAUCGAAGUGCGUAACAUGCGAGCUGCAAAGAACCCCCGUUUGACUAAUACGCCAUGA